UGGAGUAAGAUUAAUCCUUCUUUGACAUUGGAAAAUAAAGCUAGUGUCGCUAGAGAUCAUUUAGCAAAUGAAAGAACAUUUUUAGCCUGGCUUCGUACUUCUCUUUCAUUCAUAAGUAUUGGUAUAGCGAUCACACAAUUGUUUCGUUUAACCAAAAUAUCAGAUGAUCAACGAGCAAAUGAAUAUAAUAAGGAGGGGAAAGUAUUGGGUAUCAUAUUUAUAUUAUUGGGUGUAGUGUUUCUUUCAUUUGGUAUUACAAGAUAUUUUCAUUCUCAGUACUUAAUGACAAAGGGUCAUUUUCCUGCUAGUAGAGGAAGUAUUUUAAUAGGCACG